AUGACAGACCAAGAGGUCAGGACACUGGCUUACGCGAAAAGCCCGAAAACGUCGAGAAGAACAACAUUCCAGGAUGAACUUCAGGCUGCUGUCUCUGCCAGAGCCAACAAAACAACCACAGAUCACUUGUCCUACUCGGAUGACUUUGAUGAGGAUGAAGAUGAUUUUUUGAAUCAACUCCUCAUAUCAAGAAAAAAAAAGACGGAUGCAUUUAAGGCCGGGAAAUCUAAAGCGAACACAAACAACACCUUUGACCUUUCCGACGAUAAAGACAAACCUGGGAAAACCAAGAGAGUUUCAUUCCUGAAGAGCAAGAGAAUCAGCUUUUCCUCAGGGGACGCGUCAGAGUCACGAGAAAACGAGCAACCGGACUCCUCUGUCGUUGGAGAUUACAAUCAUAAUAACUUGUUUCCCUCACAACACUCAACAAGUGACAGCAAAUAUGACACACGGAGUGAAAACAUUGUUGUGGAGCCUGUCGAUCCCCAAACCCCAAGAGAGAGCCGGAGUAAAUCUCUCUCAUACCAAACCUCAGAUGAUCUUCUGGACAUGCCUCUGCCUUUACCAUCCGACGGCAGCGUGACGGAAACUCCAGGUCCUGAGGAGAAGAGCAACACUUUUCUGGAAGAAAUAUCCCAGACUCCAAAUUUGUCAGGACCUGACAUCAAACACGUGCCUUCAGCAGAUAUUCCUACCGAGAGGGAUCCACCCAAACCCAAACCAAGACAACGGACUGUGGGAUUAAUCUCUCACGCUGUAGAGAAGACGCCUGAGGAAAGUGAAUCUCAGGAUCUGAGCCGGCCCCAGACGUCCUCUGCAUCCAUCCCCCUCUCCUCUGGAGCGUCCAGCACCAGUGCAUGGACAGAAGAUGAUCGCACUAUUUCACAUAGCCUCAGCAAAUCGUCUUCGAGUAAGAGUGAGCCGUCACAGCUCCUUUCCAAGUCCACUACUGAUUCUGAAUCCAGAGGUGAUUUUAUUUCUGACGACAACAAGGGUCGGGAUGGAAAGUACUCUACAUUUCUCGAAGAAUUUCAUGAUAAUUUUGGAGAUCAAUCCAAUCAUUCUGUAGCUCAACUCUCUGACACUCAGGAAAAGUUAUUUGACACCAGGACUUCAAGUUCAAACUCAAAGAUUACUCAGAGGUGUCCGAGUGCCUGCUCCAGAAAAGUGGAAUCAAAGUAUUUGGGAUCUCUCAAAGUUCUGGACCGCAAGGUGUCGCUACAAGAGUCUCACCCAGAAACAGCAGAUUCACUCAGAGCAGCCGUUUACCAGGAAUGGCUUAAAAAGAAAAAGGAAAAGUCACAAGGGAACAUGCAACUAAAGAAGAAAGAGCAACUCCUCCAAGAACAAAAGAAAAAGGAAGAAGAAGCAAAAAAGGGCGAUGCUCUUGCAUCAUAUGAGGCUUGGAAGGAAGGGAAAGCAGAGAGUCUUAAAGCAAAAGCCAAAGAAAAGCAAGAUAAGAUGAGAAAAGAGCAGAGAGCGACUGAAGACACAGAAGAAAAGAAACACUCUGCUAAGCAGGUGUUUGACAAAUGGAAACAGGAGCAAGAUCAUCUGCUUGAAGAAAAGUACAGAAAACAGAAAGAAGCUGAAGAUAAACUUCAGCUAAAAAAGCAAACAAAGGAGGAGGAAAGAAAGAGAGAGAGUAUUUCUGCUUUUUCUAGGUGGUCUGAUAAGAAGAAAGAUGUUAUUCAAGAAAAAGUCACCAUCGCGCGAAAAGAAGUUAGAAACAAAGCAGAGGAGGAACGAUACAUGAAAGAAGAGAGGGAUAAAAUGGCUUUGGAGAUGUAUGAAAGCUGGCUGGUAAGAAAAGAUCUAGAACAGAAGAGACAGAGAGAAGAAAGACGGAUAAAAGCAAUCCUCCGAGACAGUCCUCCUCCACCGUGGAGCCCUCCUAAUAAAACCAUAGGAUUUCGAAAAUAG